CCUGAGGCUCCUGACCUAACCAACCCGACCCAAGGCGGCUCCAUCUCCCCUGGACUGUACCACCGCGCUCCCUGCCCGUAGCCCAGCGUUACCGCCGACGCCUCAAUUCGCCCUCGCCCCCCUUCAAGCCCUCCGCCUCUCACGCGCGUCGCCGCCAUCGCCGCACCAGUUCUUCCGCAUCGAAGCAUCGCGUCCCCUGCCGUCUCCACCCCGGCCGCAAUCUUUGGUCGUUGGAUUUCGAGAUUUCAGGGAUUAUCAUUCGGACGGGAAUGUUAGGGGAGAUAGGCUGACCGAAAUCUGAAAGAAGAGCACAUUUCUCCUUCCAAUCUCGGUUCUUGGAUUUCGACUCAGUCUGUUUGACCAGCCGAGAUGGACGACGACGGCAGCUUAGGCAUUCGGAAUUGGGGCUUCUAUGAGACCAUGAAAGGCAACCUUGGCCUGCAGCUGAUGUCAUCAGUGACCGGUGACCACCGGGACACAAAGCCGCUGCUCCCCAAUGGCACCUUCUUGCAGCACCAUGGACACCACAACGUCCAGCACCACCCACAACAUUCACAUCACCCCCGUGGUUAUGGUGGCUGCGAACCCUCUGGUGGCAUGCCCACCGAGCAGCCGGCUAUUCACAUGGACUUUGUGCGCAAUGAGGCCUGGGUGCACCCCUCGCAGCAUCAGCAUCAGCAUCAACAUCCCCGCGAGCAGAAGGUCCUUCAUUCUGUCCCUGUUGGGCCUGCUGGUCAUAAUGGACAUCCUGGACAUGCUGUGCAUCACCACCCUGCCAGUUUCGGGAUGCUGCAAGAUGCGCGUGGAAUGCAAGAUGGGCGUGGUGCGCACACUCUUCAGAUGAUGCAGCCACAAGAGCCUCCUCCCGAGGAGGAGCACGUAACCCCACCGUUGAUUGAAGAGCAUUCUGUGGCUGGAAACAAGCCGCCUGCAAAGAAGAGGCAGCAAGGUCGUCAGCCAAAGUCCCCUAAGCCGAAGAAGCCUAGGAAGGUUGCUACUCCACAAGAAGAUGGGGCACCCAAGAGCCGUACACCCCGAAGUAGGGGUCCUAUCAAGCCUUUGGGAAUGGUGAUUAAUGGUAUUGAUUUUGACAUUUCAAGGAUAGCAACACCUGUGUGCUCAUGCACUGGAACUCCCCAGCAGUGCUACCGCUGGGGUGCAGGUGGCUGGCAGUCCGCAUGCUGCACAACUUCUAUUUCAACCUAUCCGCUGCCAAUGAACACAAAGCGCCGGGGCGCACGUAUUGCUGGAAGGAAGAUGAGCCAAGGUGCAUUCAAAAAGGUUCUUGAGAAGCUUGCUGGUGAAGGGUACAACCUUAAUAACCCAAUUGACCUGAAGACCUUCUGGGCCAAGCAUGGCACAAACAAGUUUGUAACGAUCAGGUAAAGGUCAUGGCAUGUUUAUCGCCUUGUAGGGUCCAAAGCUGCAGUGCGGUAUGAGGUGUCGUCUGUAUCUGCUCUUGCCAAUCUGCAGAAGUUUUUAGAAUUAGCCUGUAGCCAAUGUUCAGUUUCUCGGAUUUAAUUUACUUGCCUACUUGUAGCUUCAGCUGUGGAGUGAAGUAGGAAGUCUGUCUGUAUCUGUCAAUUUAGAAGUUGUAGUGUAACGGCAACAGUCUUUCUAAUUUAUUAGAUGGCAUUUAAUGCUUCAAAUGUC